GCACGCACACGCACACCCACGACAGCUCGCGCCGGAGUGAUUUACUCCCCGCAAAGUGCUGCUUGGUUACCACCACGGCAGAGCCAUCUCCUCCUCCUCCCCGCUGCCCGUGAGCACCCAGGCGGACUCUAAUCCCCACAGACCGCGGGAGCCGGAGCAGCAGCCAACAGGAGUUGCUUUGUGCUGACUUGGCGUUCCCUGCUUCCACUCUGGAGGAGAUGGGUCGCAAGGAAGAGGACGACAGCAGCUCCUGGAAGAAACAGACGAGUAACAUCCGAAAAACAUUCAUUUUCAUGGAGGCCCUGGGAUCAGGCGCCUUUUCGGAAGUUUUCUUAGUGAAACAAAGAAGCACUGGCAAGCUCUUUGCUCUGAAAUGCAUUAAGAAGUCUCCUCUCACAAGAGACAGCAGCUUGGAGAAUGAAAUAGCAGUGUUGAAAAAGAUAAAGCAUGAAAACAUAGUGACUUUAGAAGACAUUUAUGAGAGCACAACCCACUUCUACCUGGUCAUGCAGCUAGUAUCCGGGGGAGAGCUGUUCGACCGAAUCUUGGAACGAGGAGUUUACACUGAGAAAGACGCGAGCGUGGUGAUCCACCAGGUCCUGACAGCAGUCAAGUACCUCCAUGAAAAUGGGAUAGUGCACCGUGACUUGAAGCCUGAAAAUCUUCUUUACCUUACUCCCGAGGAGAACUCCAAAAUCAUGAUCACGGACUUUGGCUUGUCUAAAAUGGAGCAGAAUGGCAUCAUGUCCACCGCCUGUGGGACUCCUGGAUAUGUUGCCCCUGAAGUCCUCGCCCAGAAACCAUACAGCAAAGCCGUAGACUGCUGGUCCAUCGGAGUCAUCACCUAUAUCCUGCUGUGCGGGUACCCUCCUUUCUAUGAAGAGACCGAAUCCAAACUGUUUGAAAAGAUCAAGGAAGGCUACUUUGAGUUUGAGUCUCCAUUUUGGGACGAUAUCUCUGAGUCAGCCAAGGAUUUCAUCAGACAUUUACUGGAGAAGAACCCAAACACGAGGUUCUCCUGCGAGGAAGCCCUGCGGCACCCAUGGAUUAAUGGAAAUACAGCCCUUCACCGUGACAUAUACCCAUCUGUCAGCGCUCAGAUCCAGAAAAACUUCGCAAAGAGCAAAUGGAGGCAAGCCUUCAACGCUGCAGCCGUUGUGCACCACAUGAAGAAGCUCCACAUGAACGGUCAUCAUACAGCGGCUGAGAGCACCCUCCCUGUUAUACAAGUCACGGAGGCUUCCAGACCCAAUACACCCAUGGUGGCCACCCAGACAGCGACGCCAACUGAAGACAAGGACACAUCGCUCCCUCUGGUCCCCAAGCAGGGCUCUCCCAACCCUCCUGCUGAGGUGGAGCAAGAUACAGAAAUGAGCGAUGAAAAGAUACAAAGCCACCCAGAGAACGGACCGCUGCCUGCAGGCAGCAGCCCCGUCCUGCCGGAUAACCACAGCCCACCAACUAGAACUUCUUGUGGCUGCAGCCCAGCCUGUGUGGGGCACGAGAAAACAAAGACAUCCUUCUGCUCUGAAACGGUGCUUUUCAAAAAAUCUGCAAAAUCCCACCAUUUCAAAUCAGAAGUCCUUGUUCCAAUGAAAGCCAGUAAACACUCUUCUCACUGUGGCACUGGGCAAACUGGAGUUUGUUUGAUCAUGUGAUGAGGCAGCAGCCACUGGGCUCCCCACAUUGCCAGCGAAACAGAAGGGCUGUUUUACUCUUUUCUGCACUUCAAAGCCAGACAUCAAGAGUGCAAGCAAGAAAGGAGGCUGUGUCCCGCCCGGAGCAGGUGGGCAGCAGCGUCUCAGAGAGAAGAACCGACUGAUGACACGUGGCACGUUAGUCCCAGGAAUCCAUCAACGCAGUGACCUCAGGGUGUGUUUCUGGAUCGCUCAAAGCUGGGAGAAGGCAAGGGAAAGUCUGAGGCUACUGCGAGCAUAUUCAGUGUAUAUUAUCCAUACGACACUGCUCAGUGCUAUAAGCUUUUGUUUUCUGCACACUGUUUAGUUGUCCCAUGCAUAAAAAUUGCACUGCACUAUGUAAACCCCACAAACCAAAGCCAUGCAGAAGUUUACUCACUGGCAGCUCAGUUAUAUUUUUACAAUCUGCAUCCUAUCCAUUCCUUGGAUUUUGGUUAGUCCCAGGCUUCAGUGCUCUGAAAGUUGAGCAUCAACCAGCUGCCUAGGCUGCGCAACUCUCACUUUGGCUACAAAAGGAAAGACAACCUGCUAGCAACCUCCAUAUGUUGGAUAAUAAUCACAGAGAGGUCAAAAUUCCCUGCUUCCGAGUCUGUAAUUGCACAAUAAAUACUUGCUUAAUAAAGCUGAGUUUUGUUUUGUAAAGUGCCUGUUGGUUAUUCAUAGAAAUCUGAUGUGAAAAUGGUCUAUUAAGUCCUUUUUAAAGCAUCCCCCAUGCAUCUGCAGCCCUGCUCCCUCUGGGAUUUUUCUGGCAGAGAGUUACAUGGUGAAUAAGCUGAUUGUGGCAGAAAGUCAAAAGAUAUUUGACUUCACCGCUGAGAAUGAGACCGCGUUUCCCUUAUUCAGAUAAAUAUAGGUAUGUUGUAUAGAUAUGAGAGAUAUAAAAUUCUGCAUAGCUGUGAUCCGGCUCUUUGAAGAAAGAUCUAGGAGGGAAGUACUGAAGCUACGGCAAGUUUUAAGGAUUAACUGCAGCGGAGAUACAAAGGCCCAUGUAAGGGUGUUAAUUUGAACAGUGAAAUUCAUCUAAAAGAGCUUGAAUUUGCUAGAACAAGAAAUAAUGUCUCGGUUUUCAAACCCGUCUGGAAAUAAGUCUUGAGGCUGUCUUUAUUUGCAAAGGAAGUUUGACGGCUCUCCCUCUUUUCCAUCCAACCACCAGGCAGUUUCAGCCAGUCCAACCAAGGUUAACCCUCUCCAAAGAGUUGCUCCUUCAGCUCGGUGCAGCGAUUUUCCAGAGGUAUGGAAACUCAGUUUGCUAAGAAUAGAGAUGUUAGGUACAGGAGAGCUCCAGUCAGAAAAUGGGAA